ACCAUGAGGCAGGUCUGCGGGGAGGCUGAGGGGUCCAGGUGCUCACAGAGGAUGAGGGUCAUGGCCUUCCUUGUUCAGUGGGAAGGGGUGUCAUGGUAUGACUUCCAGGACCGUAGGGGGAUUUGAAUGAAGUCAUACUCCCAAGGUACUCAGCCGUGCUUGACCCUUGGAAAACACUCAGCAUAUAUUAGCUGCCUUUAAUGUCACUAUUACUAUUACUGUUGUCAUUCACUCAUUCAGCGAGUGUUAUCAGGCCCCUACUGAGUACCAGGCACUGUGCUAGGCACUGUGGAUCCAGCUGAUAGCUGAGUAGGGGAGACAGAGGAAAAUGAAUAAAUGAAUGAGAUAAUGUUAGAUCGGGCUAAGAGCCGUAAAGGAAAUAAACAGGAAGAGGGAGAGAUGGCCUGGGGAGGACACAUAGCUCGAGCCUUCCUGAAAAGACGACAUUUGAGCUGAGACCAGAGUGACGAGAAGGAGCCUGCAUGGAUAGAAUUGGGGAAACGUGUGGAAAAGGCAGUUGGAGGAGCAAGUUCAAGGCCCUGAAGAAGACCAGGCUUGGCGGGUGCAAGAGACAGAAGAGAGGCCAGAGCAGGAGAUCAUCGACGAGUACAUCAAGGAGAACGGCUUCGGCCUGGAGGGGGCGCAGCCGGGCCCGGGCGAGGGGUUCCCGCGCCUGGUGUCGCGCGGGGCGGCCUCCCUGAACACCGUCACCCUGGGCCCCGCGGCGCCCCCGCCCCCGGCCACGCCGCCGCCCUGGGGCUGCCCGCUGGGCCGGCUCGUGCCCCCCGCCCCGGGCCCGGGCCCGCGGCCGCACCUGGUCAUCACCGAGCAGCCCAAGCAGCGCGGCAUGCGCUUCCGCUACGAGUGCGAGGGCCGCUCCGCCGGCAGCAUCCUCGGGGAGAGCAGCACCGAGGCCAGCAAGACGCUGCCCGCCAUCGAGCUCCGGGAUUGUGGAGGGCUGCGGGAGGUGGAGGUGACCGCGUGCCUGGUGUGGAAGGACUGGCCUCACCGAGUCCACCCCCACAGCCUCGUGGGGAAAGACUGCACCGACGGCGUCUGCAGGGUGCGGCUGCGGCCCCACAUCAGCCCCCGGCACAGCUUUAACAACCUGGGCAUCCAGUGUGUGAGGAAGAAGGAGAUUGAGGCCGCCAUUGAGCGGAAGAUUCAAUUGGGCAUCGAUCCCUACAAUGGGUCUGUACCCGCCAACCCUCAGUCUUCCCAUAUCCCCCCCACAGCCGGGUCCCUGAAGAACCAUCAGGAGGUGGACAUGAACGUUGUGAGGAUCUGCUUCCAGGCCUCGUAUCGGGACCAGCAGGGACAGAUGUGCCGGAUGGACCCUGUGCUCUCUGAGCCCGUCUAUGACAAAAAGUCCACAAACACGUCAGAGCUGCGGAUUUGCCGAAUCAAUAAGGAGAGUGGGCCGUGCACGGGUGGUGAGGAGCUCUACUUGCUGUGUGACAAGGUGCAGAAAGAGGACAUAUCCGUGGUGUUCAGCACGCCGGGCUGGGAAGGCCGGGCUGACUUCUCCCAAGCCGACGUGCACCGCCAGAUUGCCAUCGUGUUCAAGACGCCACCCUACGAGGACCUGGAGAUCGUUGAGCCUGUGACAGUCAACGUCUUCCUGCAGCGGCUCACCGACGGGGUCUGCAGCGAGCCACUGCCCUUCACGUACCUGCCUCGGGACCACGACAGCUACGGUGUGGACAAGAAGCGGAAACGGGGGAUGCCCGAUGUCCUCGGGGAGCUGAACAGCUCUGGUGUGUGCCCUCUGCCUCUUUCCAUACCUGUCCCCAGGUUCAGGGGUGGGGGGGAGGGCUGUCCCCACUGCCUUGCCAUCUGGCCCCAGCCUGGGGAGGAAGGGCUGUCGGGGUUGAGGGGUCCUCAUCUCUGCCUUCCCUCAGACCCCCAUGGCAUCGAGAGCAAACGGCGGAAGAAAAAGCCGGCCUUCCUGGACCACUUCCUGCCCAGCCACGGCUCAGGCCCGUAUCUCCCGCCGUCAGCCCUGCUGCCGGAGGCAGACUUCUUCCCCGGUACCGUGUCACUGCCCGGCCUGGAGCCCCCCGGCGGGCCUGACCUCCUGGACGAUGGCUUUGCCUACGACCCCACGGCCCCCACGCUCUUCACCAUGCUGGACCUGCUGCCCCCGGCGCCGCCACUCGCCAGCGCUGUCGCGGGCAGCGGGGGUGCAGAGGCCGCGGUCGUGGAGCCCCCCUGCCCUGAGCCGCUGACGCUGGACUCGUACCGGGCCCCGGGCCCCGGGGACGGAGGCACCGCCAGCCUCGUGGGCAGCAACAUGUUCCCCAACCAGUACCGCGAAGCGGCCUUUGGGGGCGGCCUCCUGUCCCCGGGACCUGAAGCCACGUAGCCCCGCGGCGCCGGAGAGGCGCUGGGUGGAGAGGGAGGUGGUGGGGGUGUGUGAACCCAACCAGGAUGUCCAGCACCCCCAUCCCCUUGGGCCGCCCUCUGGCUAGUCUUCCGACCUCCUCGUGCUUCUCAAUCGGACAUCUUCAGCGCUGGCGAGAAGCUCCGUAGCACGAGUUUCUCCUUGAGCCCAUAUUACCAAUGAGCAAACGGAGUCAGGAGAGGAAAGGGGCAUGGCUCCCGUGCACUCGCUUGUUCAAAGCUGCCUCAGCCCCCACUUGGGGGCACCUUCUCCAGCCGGAUUCUGAAAGAUUGUACAUAUGGGAGGAGGGGGCAGAUCCCCGGCCUUCCUUCCCUAGACUUGAAGGUGGGGGGUGGGUGGUUUGUUCAGACUCUUCCCAAUAAAGGCGAGUUUUUCA